AUGCUGUAUGAUGCUACUUAUUCCAGCCUUGAUAUUCUUUCGCUAACCAGCUACACCGAAUUAAUCCUCACUUUGCCUCAACGCCAUAUCGUACUUGCUCUAACGGCCGCCUGGCUCCUGGUAUUCGCUGGAGUCUGCCGCAGCACGACAUGGAUGGCGUGGGCGACACGCAUAACAGCGACUAUACCCUAUUUAUUGCUAUUCAUUCUUCUUGUGCGAGGUCUUUCACUACCAGGAGCCGGUGUUGGAUUGUCCUUUCUAUUUUCGUCAGCAUUUGGAAGUAUCUCAUCGCUAGAUAUGUGGGCAGCAGCCGCAGAACAAGUCUUGUUCGAAAUUGGUGUUGGCACCGGUGCACUGCUCUCUAUAGCUGCUUAUAGCCGCUUUCGAAAUAAUGUCUACCGUGAUGCGGCACUUCUGAUUUCAAUGAAUGUUUUCACAUCCUUACUUGUCGGCAUGGUUCUGUUUUCAUUCUUAGGACUUCUUUCGAUAUCUUCUGGUAAAGAUAUCUCUACCCUCACUAGUCACGAUCCAUUCUACAUGGUCUUUACGGUGAUUCCGAGCAUGACAAAACUGAUGCGAUGGGGUCCCCUAUGGAUGAGCAUUCUGUUCGCUACAAUCGUUUUCACAGGUGUAGAUGCAGAAUUUAUUUGGGUGGAGAUGCUGGCAUCAUCCGUGAUGAACAUACUUGACUCAAGGAAUCGCCGCCUUAACUCACGUCUUAUUGCCGCCAUCUGUUGUUUAGGAUUUCUAGUGGAAGUACCUAUCUGCACCAGUGGUGGAUUUUUCUUGUUUCAUUCGAUGGAUAAUCUCAUCGCUAAACUGCCGACGUUGAUUUUAUCAUUUCUGGUACUGAUCGCCAUUUGUUAUUGUACCAAACAAAUAAAUAAAAACUUCUGCUCUUUCCAGGUUCUCAUGAUCUCCCAUGCGGGCAAGCACGAACUCCCACUAUUUUUUGGGAGUCAUGUACCAAAAGCAAGUGAAUACGUGGCAUGGACACUAGUCAAUGCACCUAUUUGUGCAGUGUUGAUCGGAGCCAUUUUAGCUACCGUGAAGAUUAGACAAAGUGGAAAGACUAUUUCUUCGUUAUUCGACGGUUCUGCAUGGCAUCAGGAGUACACUACCGCACAGUUCAUGGACUCACCUCCACCCACACCUUCAAAUAAGCCUCCACCCAGACGGGAGAAUACCUACAUGGUACGAGUGACAAACGAGCUAAAAAAUGGAAUAGUUGGCUCAAGACACCUUUUCCAGUACAUCGAUCCGGCAUCUCGUGGUCCAACUGUUCGGUCAAAUUUCCAGCCACUCGGCGACAGUUACGGCUGGAGAAGUGGCCGGUUACGAGAUUGGCAAGAGACCAUAUCGAUUGACCAGUCCGUAUCACAAAAAUCGUUUGGCGCGUCGAUGGCAUCGCAAGGGACAUUGAACCUGUUCGGUUCACCACCUGUGUCAAAUGGUUUCAUGAUCUCGGACGCUACGACGGUACGGUCCUCGACGGCUAAUAGGACGGACGAGAAGCGAGAUCCUGAAAUUUCACCCUCUCCACCUCCACCAAUCCAUGAGAUUCGUCUUGAGACACUUCCACGGAAGUUUACUAAAUCGGAGCCGCCGAUGAAGAUCACCUCCGGUUCGGAACUUCCUGUGGCACCUUCUCCACCGGCACCUCGAGUGUCACCCUCUCGUUCUGAGCCUCCCGGCGUAACCACCGACCGUCCAUCUUCGUCGGUUCGCAGUAAAAGCGAGUCAAACGAUGAACUGUCAGACAGCGACGAAGACAGUGGCGUCCGCCGUCAAACUGUCAUCAGACGAUUCCGCUCUGAAGACUCCGUACAAGCGUUCUCUACCGAGUCCAUAUCUCUCACGCCCAUCGAUAUCGCUCGCCAGCGAUCACUGAGUUCGGUGGCAAUAUUCGAUGAUAAGGAAAAGGUAAUUUGA